AUGGGCUUCUACGACUGGAUGAUAUGGACACAACGAUACAUAAACGGAACCCUUGGUCUGUCUGUUCCUAAGAACACAAAUCCAUUGCGCUUUGGCGUCCUUGGAGCGGCAGACUUCAGUCCUGUGGGCCUCUUCGAUCCUGCAUCCACGCAUCCCGAUGUCCUCGUCGUUGCAAUUGGAGCACGCAGCCUUGCCAAAGCACAAGCACAAGCCUCGAAAUGGAACAUUCCGCUCGCCUUUGGCUCCUACCAGGAGGUUCUCGACCAGCCAGACAUCGACGCUGUCUACAUCCCGCUGCCAAUCGCGCACCACGCUGAGUGGACGAUCAAGGCUGUGAGGGCUGGCAAACAUGUACUCUGCGAGAAAUCGCUGUGUUGUAAUCAAGACGAAGCCCGAGCUGUCCAGAAAGCUGCAAGAGAAACUGGCAAGGUCGUGCUGGAAGCCUUUCACUGGCAGUUCCAUCCGGUCAACCACGUGCUGAAGACUCUGGUUGACAGUGGAAAGUUCGGACGGAUGCAGUCGAUCGUCACAGAAAUGAGAACGGUCUUUGCUCACACGCCUGACGACAUUCGUCUGAAAUACGAAAUGGGUGGCGGUGCAUGCCUUGACCUAGCAUAUGUCUUCUCCGGUCUCCGAUACUUCGUUGGCAGCAAGGGAGAAUUUGUCGUCACACGAACUAAACCGACGCUCUACCCCAACGACAAGCGUGUCGACUACAAGAUGGAAGCUGACCUUGACUUCCAUCCCGAUAAUGGUGAGCCAGCGAUACACUGCAAAGCGAUCGCGGACCUCACGCAACCACGAAUAUUGGGCAUCAUCCCAACGAUUGAACCACCGCGGCUCAAGAUCGAGUUCGAGUACGCUACCGUGAAGCUGGAUGGCUGGGUCGCCCCCCACUACCCGCACAACCUCCUCAUAACCGACAAGCGCACCAACAUCACCGCGAAACAAAAACACUACAACUUUGGCCCCAAAUGGCAGGCUAUCGGCGAGACAUACUGGACGACGUACCGUUACCAGCUGGAGGCGUUUGUCAUGAAGGUCAGGGGCCUGGAGCCGCCGCAUUGGAUUGAUCUGGAGGAGAGCGUGGAGGUGUUGGGGAUCAUUGGGGAUGUUUAUGAGCAUGCUGGGAUGGCGUGGAGGGGGAAGACGGUGGAGGAGAUGAGUGUGUGA